AUGACAUCGAUCAGCGAAUACGUUGAAUUUAAUUGUACGUUCGAAUAUAAACAAUUAAAAUUAAUUGAAAAAGAAUGGCUUUCUAGUGCAUUAUUUUAUUCUUCGAUUAAUAAUACGACAUGGCGUUUACAAGUAGACAGACUGCAUCCAACAAAGCUGGGUAUUUAUUUAACAUUGAUUGACGGUGCUCCAUGUACUUUAUGUUCUUACACACUAUCGAUGAUUACCAAUAAAGAACCAUCUCUUUUGAUUUUUGUUAACAAAUGUACUCAAAAACGGACAUUUCCAUCCAAUAGUUUUUCAUGGGGUUUUGCAAAUUUUUGUUCACGCCGUGAAUUAAAAGAUGAACGAAAUCUUAUUUGCGAUCCAAAAACAAAAUUAGUUAAUCUACGGUGUUCUAUGAAUAUAGAAGUUGUAGUUCCAAAUAAUAUUACUGAUGAUCAUCGUUUAGCAACUGAACUAUAUCCUCGUUAUUCACUUGAACAAUGGAUUGAGUUUCUCAAACAAGGUAAUCAUGAUCUACCCGAGUUGACAAAUAGAGUAAAUGAAGAAAUUGCAGCAAAAUUAUCCUGA